AUGUGUAAAAAAUCUAUCUAUCUAUCUAUCUAUCUAUCUAUCUAUCUAUCUAUCUAUCUAUCUAUCUAUCUAUCUGUGUCUCUCUCUGUCUGUCAUCCCCCUCCUCCUCUUACGGACGGCCUCCAUACACGCACUAACGCAACAGGAUACGCAAUAUUCGCUAAGAGAGAGAGGGGGUAUUCUCACUCUCUCUUCUUUCACGUAAGCUUUACACUCUUUGACGUUUUUACUGUUUGGAUGCCACCUAAAAGGAGGAAACUUUUGGGACGGCGCACAGCAGCUGCCUCCGCUGCUAGAGCAGCGAGGGCGAGUGAAACCCCUGAACAGACUUCUUUGCGUCUUUCACAGAUGGCCUCGAGCUCAGCUGCUGGCUUAUCCACGGAAAGCGCAGCUGCGCGGACUGAAAGGUUGGUUUCAGCGGCUUCGCCCAUAUCCGCAUGCCGCGCCAGGCUUUCAGUUGAAGAACGUUCACUUCAGAAUUCACAGGGCGCAGUCCGCGUGGCUAGGUUGAGGGCUUCACAGUCCCCAGCACAGAAAACCCUUCGUCGUUUGCGUGAUGCCAUCGUCAAAGCUUGCUCAAGGAGUUUAGAAAGCCCCGAACAAACAACUUCACGUCGUCAUAGGAAUACUAGGGCUACAGCCGCCUCUAGAGCUUUGGAACAACCUCAAGAAACCGCUCAUCGUCGCUUUAGAAAUGCCCUAUCCACCGCAUCUGCCAGAGCCUUAGAAAGCCCUGCACAGACCACUGUUCGUCGCAUUAUAAAUGCCCGCUCCACUGCAUCUUCUAGAGCCCUAGAAACCCUGCACAGACCACUGUUCGUCGCGUUAGAAAUGCCCACUCUACUGCAUCUGCCAGGGUUGCAGAAAACUCUGAAGUACGCCGUCAACGGCUCGAAAACAUUAGCUCAUUUCGAGCUUCUUUGA